UUGCAAUGUGAUGUCUUAACGGCGAGUAAACAGGAGUUGCUAGAUAUGUAGAAAUAUGGUACUAUUUAUUAAAAGCAAUAAGAACUCACUGCUUAAGGGAGAUUUGGAUACAUUUCAUGAGAUGUACCCUCUGAUCGACCUACCAUAUCAAACGAUGAGGGUGUUUGUUAGAAGCUAACAGGAUCGUGGUCAAAGUGGAGAAGCCGUGCUGCUGAGAUGUGGCUGUGGGUGCUGGGCGGGGUCCUGUUCCUCUUCUCCUCCCUGGAUGUGUGGUACUUCGUGCGGGGGGUGGCUGUGGUUUUCCGCGCCAGGUUCCAGCCCAUCGUGAGAGACAUCCUGAGGGAGCAGUGUUUCAGCGGGAGGGUGCUGCCCCAAGACAUCGAUUUCAUGGGCCACAUGAACAAUGCCCGCUACCUGCGCGAGUGUGACUUCGCACGUUUCUCCCUGUACACCCGCAACGGCAUCUUCGGGGCAGUUCGUGCUGAGGGGGCCAGCAUGGUGCUGGGGGCUUCCACCAUCCGCUACCGGCGCUCGCUGACCCUGCUGGAGCCCUUCGAGCUGCGCAGCCGAAUCCUGGCCUGGGACCACAAGGCCUUCUUCCUGGAGCAGCAGUUCGUCUCCCGUGCCGACGGCUUCGUCUCCGCGGUGAUGCUCUGCCGCCAGAACGUUCUGCGCAGCACUCCAGACAAGAUCGUGCAGCACCUCUGCAAGAGAAAGGUGGAGAGUCCGGAAUUUCCAGAGGACCUGAAGCACUGGAUCAGCUACAACAGUGCCAGCAGCCAGACACUGAGAGCAGAGAGUGAACUGGCGGGGAAAUCUCAGUGAGGAACAACCUCCUUCAGGACCACCACACUUCAACAGGACAAGCAGCUUUACUGUAUUGUGUGGAACUGGAUUCUGUUUGUUUUUUUUUAUAGUAAAGCAGGAAACAUGCUACAGAGCGUCGAUCUGGGGUUUGUGUUUGAGACUCACAUGAGCCCUGCUGCCCUCAGUGGUGUCUCUUAUUGAAAUGAUUAGGAGCCAGGAGUUUGUGCAAUUAGAUCCAUUGUUAAAUAUUUUUUUCCUCCCCCUAUAGUUGCCUAUAUAUCUCAUAUUAAUAAACCUAUAUACUCAAGUGAGACUUUGGUGCAGAUUUAGAAGGGGCCUGCUCAUUUCAAUAUACCUGAACAAGGGGAGUACUGCAAACCAGGCCUGUGUGCAGGGCUGGUGUGUCUUUCUAACCCUACCUGUACAGUACCUGACUUUGCUACAAUAAAGUAACUAUAUCUUUAAGAAAGGGUACAUUUCUUAUUCUGCAGGAAUUAAUUCUAUCCAACAGUCCAUUAAUUCAGUAUCUCUUCUAAAUAUGUAUCACCCUAUUUGUUCUGUAUCAUAAUUAUUUUGACUUAUUUUUCUUGUGUAUGUUUUGCUUGAUUUGUAGUUUCUAAUUAGAAUCAUUAAUCCUGACUGGGGGAAAUUGUUUUGAUCACCCUGUGUAAUAUUUGGGUUUCUGCCCAUCCUCUGGUAAAGGAUGUGUGAUGUUGACAGGCAGCGCAAACCUAAGCAUGUUAGAAUCAAUUAGUAUUUGAGCUGUAUGUCCCUCAGAAUCAUGUCUUGUUAAUCUAGAAGUAUUUGUGGCUGCUGCUGACAUAUCAGGCCCCCUUUAGGAUCUGUGGUUUCACAGUGGUCCUAAUUGAGUUAGAAUCAAUGGAAAUAUUAACAAUAAAAAUACUUGCUUUCGGCAUGUUAUAUGAACUGAA